AUGGGAGAUGAUAUCACCAAGGCUGUGCUUGAUUUCUUCACUUCUAGGAAGAUUUUAAAACAAAUAAAUAAUAUUGUCCUUACUUUGAUCCCUAAGAUUGACUGUGCUGAGGAGGGCUAUAAUAAUAAGAGAAUGGCUCUUAGAUGUACUAUCAAAGUUGACAUGAGAAAGGAUUAUGAUUCUUUUCACUGGAACUUUGUUGAGGAUAUAGUUUCUGUCAUGUUAUUGGCAAAGGUUUUGAAAGUAUUUGAGCAAUGUUCUGGCCUGAGUGCAAAUGUGGAUAAGACUGCAAUUUAUUUUGGUAAUAUGGAUUCUGAUUUAAAGCGAGCAAUUAUGGAUGAUACUCACUUUUCUAAAGGGAACCUUUCUUAUGCAGCUAGGGUGGUGCCUGUGAAUGUUGUGUUAAUGAGCUUGCAUACAUACUGGGCUCAAGUGGUUAUUCUCCCUAAGGCUGUUAUGCACAGAAUCACUCAAUUAUGCAAGGCUUUCUUGUGGAGUGGGAAUGAUGUCCUCUCAAAGGCUCCUCCUAUAUCCUGGGAGCGGGUUUUUAAGCUUAAGAAGUAUGGUGGGUUGGGUGUGGGGGAUUGUGGUAGUUGGAACAAGGUUGCAUUAGGGAAGUGUGAUGGCUGGGCUUGGAAAAGAGUUUGUGUAGUGAAGGAGGAUUUGAAGGAAGGCUUUCAGAGUAAUGGCUGGGGUAGGCUGAGAACCAGAGAUAAGCUUGUUACCUAUGGAGUUUGUCUAGAUAUUUCCUUCCUGCUGUGUGGUUUGGAGAUGGAAACAAGAGAGCACUUGUUUUUCAAAAUGCAGAAAAUCAAGCUUUUUGGAGCAAGGCUGUUUUGCAUCCAAGAUUACUUUGUAAAGCAGUUUGUAUAUAGGUUAUAG